CACUGCCACUGCCCCGAUGAAGCUAUUGGUCACCGCACACGCUUAAAUAAAGUUUCUGUUGAAAAUCUUCACUAGUACUUCCUGUUUGCAAAGAUGGAUGUAGUGGGAAUGUUUCCUCCGCAGUCGCUGUCUGCUAAGUUUGAGGGGUCUUUUGCCUAUCUGACUGUGAGAGACCGACUACCAACCAUACUGACAAAAGUGAUAGACACAUUACAUCGCAAUAAGGAGAAUUUCUUGAAAGAUUAUGGAGAGACAGGGGUCGAGGCAGAGAAGAGCACCAUUUCUUUACUGUCCAAGAUGAGGAAUGAACUGCAGACAGACAAGCCUGUGCUGUCUUUGGCUGAUAAUGCAGAGGACACGGAAGCCUGGAACCAGUAUAUGCAAAGACAGCAGGACCUAAUGGAGGACAAGCAACCUGUCAGCUGGUUCAAGUCUCCAUGGCUCUAUGUGGAAUGCUAUAUGUACCGGAGGAUCCAGGAGGCUCUGUAUCUGAAUCCACCGAUGAAUAAAUUUGAUGUGUUUAAGGAGGGAAAAACGCAAAGCUUCUUUGAAUCUCAACAAGCAAUUAUAUCCCUCUGCACAUACCUUCAAAAACUCAUUACCAACAUUGAGAACAUGACUGAGAUGCAGCUGCGGGAGCACUUUCUCAAGUUGUUACAGGUCUCCUUGUGGGGAAACAAGUGUGAUCUGUCCAUCUCUGCUGGGCAGGACAACUCUCAAAGAUCUAGUCCCAUUGAUUCUCUCCCUGAUCUCCAGCGCUUCAUACUAGUAGAUGACUCCAACAAGAUUUGGUCAACACUGGUUGCUGCUCAAGGUUCUAGAGACUCAAGGAAGAAACAUGCAAGAGUUGACAUUGUUUUAGACAAUGCUGGUUUUGAGGUUGUUACCGAUCUGGUCCUUGCCGAUUUCCUUGUUUCUGCCGGAUUAGCCAAGCAAAUCCGGUUUCAUGGUAAGUCCUUCCCAUGGUUUGUCUCAGACGUCACCAAACAGGACUUUGAGUGGACCAUCAUGCAGACUAUGGCAGCCAAUCAUAAGUGGAUGUCAGCCAGUGGUGUCCAAUGGAAGCAUUUCGUGAAGGAGGGCACCUGGUCCUACCAUGACCACCCUUUUUGGACCUUGCCACAUGAGUUCUGCGAUAUGGCAACCGAUGCGGCGGAUCUUUAUACUAUGCUACAGGGCUCUGACCUCAUUCUGUUCAAAGGAGACCUGAACUACCGCAAGCUGACUGGUGACAGAGGGUGGGAGCACAUGGUUCUGUUUGAUAGAGCAUUGAGAGGGUUCCAGCCUGCCCCAUUCUGUAGUCUCAGAACAUUGAAGGCUAAUGUUCAAGUAGGCUUACAGCCGGGCCAGGCUGAGAAGCUCACCUCUCAGGAUCCAGACUGGAUGACCAAUGGCAAAUAUGCUGUGGUUCAGUUUUCCAGUCCACACAGAGAACAGUAGUGUCAUUUUUCAAAGAAAAGCUUUCCCUGCAGUCAUACAGAGACACAGACAGAAGAACAGCCAAGCAAAGAUGAAAUAAUAAAAGGCACUUUUUCCGCCUUUAAACAGCUUUUUCCUGCUUCAGUUACCACAUGCCAAACAAAGUUCUGUUUUCCUGUCUUAUUUUGGCUUGAAUUUGUUCUCAACAAUUGUUUUGGUAGGAAGCAAACCAUGCAAAGCUUCUUGUUAUACAGAUGUUCUUGUUAGAAUGAUAAAUUAGUUUUUUCCUCUCUUUCAUAGCUCAUUACAAGACUUGUCUGUUGGCACUGCUAAUUUCUAUUGUGUACAAGUGCGGUUACUACAGAAAAGUUCAGAUGUAAACAUUCCGUAUGUUGCACCAACAUAUGGUGCAACCAUCUAUGAGUUUCCAUAGAGGUGUUGUUUGGGUAUGUUACACAUUAAAUACAAAAAGUUAUUGAAAUUGAAUUUUAACUUCUAAAUGCAUUUGUCCCAAAGUCCGUGAGUUCAUGAGAAAGAAUAUGCAAUUUGUGCAACAUAUGUUCUAUAGCGUUUGCAUUUGUUUUUGUUUAUUUUUUUGCUAGUGAAACAGUUUAUAAGAUUUGCAUUGAGUACAUAAUUGAAAAAUAUGAUAAAGACCACAUACAGCUAGUGAGGCAUCAACAAAACUGAAGUUGAUAAAAUGCUUGCACCUUUCCAAGCCAAGGACUAAAUCGUAAUGAUUUCCUAACUUAAAUAUCUGGUGUGAGAAUUUUACUUUUUGUCUGGUACAAAACAUUAGCGGUGCACAUCUUUAAUGUUAAAGAGUUUACUUGUUUACACUGGAUUGAAUAGCACUGUUACAAAACAAGUUUACCAGAUGCACCAUAGUCUAUCUAUUGUGUUGGAAAUUGAAAUUAUUGUGUUAAUGUUCUAUUUUAGCUUAUUUAUGAGCUUGCUGUAAACAGGAUUUCAGUCACUAGGGCUGCAUUGGUUCUGAUACUGUACUCUUUAAAUUUGCCAAUUCUUUGUUUUGAAAGGUGAAUGUAAUUGAAUUAAUUUUAGUUAGAAUUAAUUUUAUUAACCACAAUAAAAGAAAUGAUUACAUUUAUAUAUUUUAUAAAUGUAAUCAUAUUUAACAAUGGAUUUUGGUGAGUUCCAGAGAUGUGUUUUAUUACUUUAUACACCUCAUGUAUUUUCUCAUGUUCUUUUUCUCCAUGAGUGAUCAAAUUAUGCUGGCAGAAGUGUUCCCGCUACAGACACUUGCUGCUUAUUGACCCAUCUUCUGUGAGCGCAACUUUUUUUACUUUCACAGAAAGUUUUUUUUUUUUUUGGUGUGCCUUCUUCCUGGGUAUUCUAAAGUGCCUUGCCUCUGUUCUGUGAUGCAGAGAAAAGGGCCCAGAACCCCCAAAGCAUUGCUGUUACAUAAUAAACAAUCUUUUUGUGU